CUGUUUAAUGUUGUUAUCCUUUCGACGCAGUUAAUCAAGUCAUUCGGUUCAUUACCGCAGCUCCUGAUGUACCUCAACAUGUCUCCAUCAUUUCGGAUGCUUCUUGCUUUUGUUUUGCUACAUCAAUUAAUUAUAGCAAGCGCGAAAACAAACACAAAUGUACCGAAUUGUCAAAACUUCUCCCAAGGAGUCACAUUUAAUGAGUCGGAAGCGGUGGGUGUUUGGCAUCUGUUACAUUUCAAAACAGAAAAGAUGAAGGGUUCAGGUGACCCUCAUUGCGUGGAGUUUUCUUCCGUCGGCGAACAGGAGAUAAAAGGUAUACAAGAAAAAAUUGGCAAAUUUAUUGAAAAUCUCAAUUGGGAGACACUUUCUUUAAAAAUGCAAAUACCAUGUAGAAGUGUUAACUCGAACAAAACCAGGGAUUAUUAUUUAGAGAAAUUGGAAAAUAACGGCUCUUACCGCACUCUGCAGAUGCCACCACCCUCAGCAAAACUUGAUCUUGCUGGAUUUAACCGCUACCCAAUGCGCAUUAAAAUAGUAGAAAACCAGUUCCUCGCCAUGAUGGAUUGUCACGAGAAGUUUGUCUUCCUCCUGGGAAAACAGCCACCAGAAGGCAAGGAAAUAGAUAACCGCCUUAAAAAGAUGAUUGAAACGUAUUGGCCCGAAGAGUAAAGUUAAGAAAGGAAUAAAAAGUGAAAAGUAUUUAUUAUAAUUUUUUUUUAAUAAGCAAAUAUUAAUCUAUGUAAAAUCUUCGUUUAGUUUUCCUUAUAGCUUAUGAAGUUUCUAAAGUAAGAUUUGUGUGUAACUUAGCAACGAAAUAAAACAAACACAAAACAUUAAAAA